GCGAAGAUGGAUGCCUAUCAGCUGAUAGCCGAGAUCUUCAAGAGACCCGCGCUUUGGAAUCAAAAGCACGUAUCUUAUCACAAUCGCGAGGUCACUAAUCAAGUCUGGAUGGAAAUUUCGUCUCUCUUCAAGAUGCCAGUACCAGUUUUAAAAGCGAAAUGGAAAGGUUUGAGGGACACUUUUCGCGCAGAAUUGAAAAAAGAACAAGUUUGUGGGAAAAACAAACACCAAAGAAAUCGGCCGGUUUGGAUUCACUUUGAAAGCUUACAAUUUCUCAAGGAGCAAAUGGUUCCUAGACCAUCACUUUGGGAGCACAAUAAUGGCAAUAACGUCGAUUACAACAAAAAUCACGAAAAUGGCUCAACAACAAACGACAGUGGUGAUUGCCAAAGAUCAUUCAGUGAUUCUCUCAGCGAGCACAUUGUAGCUAGAUCAACAGAACAUGCUGCAAAUCAAGACAAAAAUUUAAAGGAUGAAUCGAUACCGCAACGUCAAGUUAAUUUUCCUGUCAAUGAAUCAGACGAGGGUGAAAUUAUGCUGCAAAACAUUUCACCUGAAGAUGUUUUAUUGAACGCCACGAGCAAUACAAACGGCUUGGGCAUGAAUGGCGAAGGCGACAGUAAUUCCAGCAUUAGCAUACCACCUAUUGAACGCUUUAGUAGUCAUCAUUGUGACGACAACUAUUAUUUUUUUAUAAGCUUACUGCCACAUAUGAGGCAGCUUACGCCGGAACGGAGAAUGUUUUUGAGGAUGAAAAUCCAAGAACUAGUAUACGAGGAAGUGUAUAAAAAGAAUAUGAAUUCUUGAAAUUCGAUCGGAUAAGAAAUUUAGGAAGUUUUGAUAAAGAGAUUGAUAGAUAGAAGA